CAGGCGUGACAGUUGAGGAACCGCUCUCUCUCAUGUGCAUAUGUUUCUUUAUUUACAUCUAGCUCACAUUAUAAACGACCUACCGAGGUGUUCAGGUUUCCCAAGAGACAGAAACAGAGUUUAUUGAGAAAAUACGGGCUUUUUGUUUGUUUCCGGUUUGCUGCUGUGGCUGCUGGGAAGUUUAGAGAUGUGCACCCAGACGAAAGCUGCUGCUCUAAUGGCCAACAUACCGCAGGCAGACAUCGACCCGUCAGGCGUGUUUAAGUACGUCCUGAUACGAGUCCACAGCAGAGAGGAGGGAGACGACUCGGAGAUAGAUAUAGUCCGAGGAUACGGCUGGGCUGAGUACCACGCUGAUAUCUAUGACAAAGUUUCAGAGGAGCUGGAAAAAGACGGCCACCUGGACUGUGAGUGUAUCGGAGGAGGGAGGAUCAAACAUGAUGCCCAGGCCAAGAAGAUCCACGUCUACGGAUACUCCAUGGGCUUUGGAAGAGCAAACCACGCAGUAACAACUGAGAAACUAAAGGCUCGGUAUCCAGGCUACGACGUGACCUGGGACAAUGAAGGGUACUGAACUGAGACCAGCCUCUGGUGGGCACUCUUUCUCCUGGACUGACAUAGUACUUAUCUGUAACCCCUCAUGAGAAGGAAGAACAUGACAUUAAAAACCAUGCAGAGUUCAACACGGAGCUUUUUGAAAUCACACCAGUUCUCUUAGACUAAGACUGACACACAGCGACAAGCCUGAUGAGCCUUUUCUGGGCUUAUUCUGAAGUUACAAUUUGAGUAAGUGAAUGGUAAAAAAAAAAAAAAGUUGUUUU